GAGAUCCGGAUCACAAAUUCGCGUACUCCAUUCGGAGGAAUAUGGUGAUUGUGACUUACUAAUGCCUGAUGGCUGCUACCUUUGUGUCCCCUCCACUAGGAUGGCCGGCGUGAGCGCUUGGAGAGGGAAGCAAUGGAAGGUGUGGUAUUCUAUUUCAGGUCACUCUCCCCCACCCCCCUUCCCUUUGUUCGGCGGCGACGUCCUUGUGUCCUGCCUCGCUCCACACGCAAGCUUAAACACGCAUCCUUCCACACUGCCUUGGUUGGAGACCUGAAAUCGUUCAUAACGCCGGCCACCCCCCGCCGCCCCAUUCCUCUCCCUCCUUCCUUCUCCUUGCCUCGUUCACAUCAUUCACCAAAUACACAAUCGCCAACUCUACCGAUACCUCACGAACCAGCAAUCCCCUUCAGAGCUUUGUCGCUAUAGCUUGCCCAUCGCUGGAACUCGCUGCUGGUUGGAACCUGCUUAGGCCAUCAAUUGACUUCGCCAUCCUGAAGCUUACUUCGCCCUCCCACCUAUAUAAGCAACUCAAUCUUUCCCCUUGCACGCCCUAACGCCGAAUAAACCUACAACCACGAGCUACCGGGUAGACCUGUUAGCUUUCCCUGAUCCCCCUCCCUGUAUCCUGUGACGUUAUAAGCUAUGGAGGCAACUCCCACGAGCUCUUCGAAGAACCCAUCAGCAAUCAAUAGCUUUUUAGCUUCGCCCGCAGAGAUCCCAAGCUCUCACUUCAGACUCCCUUCACCAACACCGCCAGAUCAACCACACAUGCUGGCUCCCGGCAUUCGAUUGCAAGGCGUUCACAAGAUGUCGAUCGCCGCUGCCACUAACCCAACACUGCUGCUGUCACCUCCCCCUUCGCCGGCCAAUCGACGCCUGUCCUCUCCACCGACCUCGAGCCCUCCUUCAAUUGUGGACAGGCCACUCUUCCCGGCUCAGACUGACUCUUCCAUCUCGCUAGAGAUACCGCUCUUCCAGGUUUCCGAAAGGUUCGAACCCAUGAUUCAAGAUGCUAUUGCGAGUGUGGAUCAUACUUUCCGCCGUGGUGUCCAGAGGAAGACAAAGAUCGAGCCUACGCCGGAGGAAUACAACCUUUUCGUCUCGUCAGCAUGGCGACUUUGCCAGAGUGGACCCAAGGAGUGGCUCAGACAGGAGAACGAGUACUUGAGAUGCAUUGACGUGGCGAGGAAAGCUGCCGCGAACAGGAUUCAGAAAACAAGUGCUCUAGGUCCAAGGCAACGCCUCGCACCUCGCCCACAUCAAUCUUCUUUAACCAGGCCACGUACUCAAGCUCGCCGGCCCAGGACUCCAAAGCCUUCGUCGAAUGCAAUUGAUGGUUUCGCUUCGUCCGAUGGUCGCUUCCCUACUCCUACCAGUCAGACUUCCGGAUCUGCUUCUAUCCGCGCUAGAGCCGUGGCACCAAGGGAGGAUACUGAUUUUGAAUCAAUCCCGGACAUGUCUCCCCAAAUCGAGACCUUGGAUCACUUGAAGCCCCUAAAGGCGGACUGGAAAGGCACAGCACUCGAUCUAUCCAACGACCCUCACCUAGACUUACUUCAUCCAUCAGAGGUGGUCCUCGCGUCAACUCUCCGUCUCUCGUGCGCCUCUUACCUUACAUCCAAGCGGAGGAUCUUCCAGGAUAGGGUUGAUAAAGCUAUGCAGCACAAGGAAUUUCGUAAGACGGACGCGCAGAAGGCCUGUCGCAUCGAUGUCAACAAGGCUUCGAAGCUCUGGGCUGCAUUUGAGAAAGUUGGCUGGCUCGACCUGAAGCACAUCAUGAAGUACAUCCGUUAGAGGGUGCCGGUCACCAAGGGUAGAUAUUGGGGAAGCGAGGGCCCCCGGUAUCAUGAUGGCUGAGAUGGGCUAUGGACAUUUUUACACGGGUUUUUAUGAUUUUACGAAUAUGGUGUUUCCAUCUGUACAUGUUGGUGCCUGGAUGGUUUUUAUGAUUUCGCUUCUCACUUUUUUCUUUAUCUUUUCUCCCCCCGUUUCUCCAUCUCUUCCUACAUAUUACAUGCACCCUUUCCGUGUUUGAUUUUUUUCUUUGGUGUUCUUUUCGGGUACAUUUUCGGGCUUCUUGGGGGUUUUUUUUGGUGGGCGGCCGGUUUGGUUUAUUCUGCUUUUCUCUUUGUUAAACGGUUUCGGGCAUCUGACUGGAUAAGCAACCGGAGUAUCAAGACGAUUUGUUUUCUCACUUUUUUCAUUUUAUAUAUCCGCUUCUUUAUCGUAACCCUCUGUACCCUUUCCCUUUGUUGUACUGCACUGCAAUAUCGGCGGCGUUCGAGUUUAUGUCAUUAGCCCAGAGCAAUUCUGCGGGGGGAGGGGGGGGUUUGCUGUCUAUGUCUCUCUAGACUCCAUGUACCGGGUUGGUCUAGCUCAUUCAGGCGCCUUUGUCUGAUGUAUUUUCGAGGGGGGUUUUCUCUAUGGAGUUUUGUCUCAUCCUCUUUUUUGGUCCACUUUCUUGCUCUCUGGCAUUUUCAGAAUACAUGACCUGCAACUCUUUGAAGUAAAUGCGCCUUGCAAUAUGUUGAGCUCCAAUCGCGCUGUGCAUCUCUAGUUGACUUUGUACCUACUGGUUGCCACUUACCGCGAUCUGAGAACGCCAUAGCGACGCGCUUAAUAAUGAUAAUAAUGAUAAUAAUAAUAAUGACGAUGAUGAUGAUGAUGAUGAUGAUAAUGGUAAUGGUAAUAAUAAUACCGGUAAUGACUGUACUCGAGUACACGGAUCGUAGAGUGCAUGUAUAGGAGAGAAACGUUCAACCUCAGGAGCACUUCACCUAGCCCUCUACUUCGUCUUCAUCGCUACAUCUUGCACCUUUUUCUUCUUCUCCUUUCUUCUCCCCAUUCAUCCACCCCCCACCUUCACGAUCGCGGCAAGUCGAGCACCGAUUGCCGGAGAAGAAAAAAGAAUACUAUAGCCUCGGCCCCUUCCCCCCCUCUCCCUCUCACCUCUCGCUAAAUCUUUGCAUGGUACCUAUCUGUUUAGCUCACUUUAAGCUUUGAUAAAGGCCACCGGCCCGUACCAUGGGUAGAUGGAUAGAUGUGAUAAUACAAUACAAGCACAGUACCGCCGUCGGUAACGUUUACGAUACGAUACGGUACGCUUACGACACGACCGUGUCCGUGCCUGCAAGUGCAGUCGUACCAAGUUUACUUGGAACCGCAAGGAGAACUGUACUCGCGUACAGAAGGGUAUGGGGAAGGAAGGAAGAAGGGGAAAAUCAAAAAUCAAAAUUGGCGCAUGAUUGGUUGGAUGGUUGGAUGGUUGAUCCGGGAUCGAAUUGGAGAGAGUGGUACCCGGCGAUAAGUUGGAUGUGGUAGGGCGGGCGGAGGUUAGUCUAGUUGGUAUUACCUAUCUCCCGCCCACCCUCUCCGUUCCACUCUCGUCCAGGACACUCUAGGGCGCUGGAGAAGAAGGGAGUCUCACCCUGUUUUUUUUUGUUUUUGUUUUUGUUCUGUUCUGUUCUGUUCUGUUCUGUUCUGUUCUGUUUGGUUGGGGGGUGUUGGUGGGUUUGUUUGUUUUUUUCCUUCUUUCUCCUCUUUCUGGUGGGUUCUAUCCACCGGAAGGGUCGUUUGGAGGGGAAUUGAUGCUGAGCCAUGUGGGAGGGGGG